AUGGACUUAGUACGACCCAAAGCGUCGAAAGCAUCGUUUAAAAGUCGCACGUUGCAAUUUGGUCGUAUUGACGAUUGUUACCCGAGUCCGAACACAUACACGUUGCCAUUGUCAGACGUAUAUCGGCGGUCGAAAAAACCGACAUACGUCAAGAAAAUCUCACCGCGAUUUAAAGUGGUUUCUGAGGCUGUACCGGCACCGAAUACCUAUUCUUUACCAUCGACCGCCAAUUACAAGUACGGACAGACGGUACAUUCGACCAUACAACAGAGACGUCCUGAGGACAUUGAAUGUCUUGCGCCGGCUCCCAACAGGUACUACCUACCCAAAAAUAAUGGUCCAGCCAAGACAUUUGGUCAGAAAGACGGUCACAAGCGAGCCGUUUACCUGACCGUCGAUGAUCUUUGGCAAUGA